UACUUCUGCCAAAACAUUCGUGUUUUGCUGUCAUGUUUUUGUGAUUUUCUCCCUUGUACGUGCCUUAUUUUCGUUAAAUGAAUUUUAUUUUAAUACAGACAUGUGCGCUGCAUGUGAAUUGACAGUGCGUUAGCCCAAAAAUGUGAAGUGACGCAUCAAAUAAACAAACAAACCGAUCAGGUUAUGUGUGUUGACACUAUUACCGUUGGUCAUAAAAAACACUGGAAAGGGGCGUAGCAACCUACUUGAGAUUUCCUGUGAAACGAACCCAGUUCAAAUCAAUUAACGAUGUUCUCGAAGAAGAAAAAGAAACCGCAAAUUUCAACGCCGACGAAUUUUGAACACCGAGUUCACACAGGUUUUGAUAAACGAGAGGGGCGCUACGUGGGGCUCCCGUUACAGUGGGCCUCGAUCGUAGGAAACAACCAAAUACUCAAAUCCACCAACCGGCCUUUACCUCUCGUUGAUCCGUCGGAAAUCACACCCACGGAGAUUCUUGAUCUGAAAACAAUCGUCAGGGGCGACCACAGGUCUGACAGCCGACUAAGCAUACAGAACAAGAACCAACAAAAUGGCAUUAUUCUUCCAAAAACAUCGAACGUCGCUCGCUCUAAUUCCCUUCGGUCCUCGAGUCCUCCAAGACUUAGAAGAGACCACCGAAAUAACACGAACGUCCCGCCUGCAGUGCCAGAGGAACAAAUCCUUCAGUAUACAUCAAUGCGAAGGGAUCCCAGUAUAAGUAAGCCCCAAGUGAGAGAGAGUUCACCAGCAGAGAGGUCUUUGAGUAAUCACGAGGUACCAAAUCCUCACAUUAAUGGGAACGUUCAGGAAGGGUAUCUAGGAGGGUACGGACGUGCUGAACAUUCUCAGCCAUCACCCGCAGGAUCUAUGGCGUCUACAGGCCUCUCGCAAUUAGGAGCUCAUUCUCACCCUAGCCAUGGGUCUCAUCAAAAUUUGCCUCAAGCUACGUAUCCAGUCAGACAUGAUCAAAAUCAGAAUCUCAAGAAUGGGGGACAAAUCGGGAAUCACGGGGCAACGGGUGCCGUGGCACCAACGUCAACAAAGCAUCAUGAACAAAGGCUGACACAUGAACAGUUCCGUGCUGCCUUGCAAAUGGUGGUCUCAUCAAAAGAUCCUCGCGAAAAUCUCGAACGCUUCGUCAAAAUCGGCGAAGGGUCUACAGGAACCGUAUGCAUCGCACACGACCGCACCACCGGCCGGCAAGUCGCCGUCAAAAAAAUGGAUCUUCGAAAACAGCAGCGACGGGAACUCCUCUUCAACGAAGUAGUAAUAAUGCGCGACUAUCACCAUCCCAACAUCGUAGAAAUGUUUGAUAGUUAUUUGGUCAACGAUGAACUGUGGGUGGUGAUGGAAUUUCUUGAAGGCGGUGCACUCACCGACAUCGUAACUCACUCCAGAAUGGAUGAAGAACAAAUCGCUACUGUUUGCAAACAGUGUCUUAAAGCUUUGGCAUAUUUACAUUCCCAAGGAGUAAUCCACAGAGAUAUAAAGUCGGAUUCGAUCCUACUGGCUUUAGACGGAAGAGUGAAACUGUCCGAUUUCGGAUUUUGCGCCCAAGUGUCGCAAGAACUACCCAAAAGGAAAUCGUUGGUCGGUACGCCGUAUUGGAUGUCGCCGGAAGUGAUAAGCCGGUUACCGUAUGGCCCAGAAGUCGAUAUCUGGUCUCUGGGCAUUAUGGUUAUAGAAAUGGUGGAUGGUGAACCACCGUUUUUCAACGAGCCUCCGUUACAAGCAAUGAGGAGAAUUAGGGAGAUGCCUCCUCCGAAGCUAAAGAACAGUCAUAAAGUUUCGCCGAGGUUACAGAGUUUCUUGGAUAGGAUGUUGGUGAGGGAUCCUGCGCAGAGGGCUACUGCGCAAGAGUUAUUGGCGCAUCCUUUUCUAAGACAAGCGGGUCCUCCGGCACUUUUGGUACCUUUGAUGCGGGGUGCUAAACACUCAAAUUAUUAAGUCUUGUUUGUACUUAUAUUUGCAUAUAUGUUGAUAUUUAUUUAGGUAAGUAUGUCUUCGUUUCUUUCAUUUAACUUAAGCCAUACCAAAUAUUAAUUGUUAAUACACAAUAACGGAGCUCUCUUGUUAUCCAUGUGUCUUUGAUCUGUUGAAAAUGUACUCAUAAUUCCGAAAAAAUUUACCAGUAUUAUGUUAUUAAUAAGCCGUCCAUCUAGUGCCUUAAGGCUUAUGUUGUACUGGGUGUUUCCAUUUCAUCUAUUUUAGUAUGUAGGUUUGUUAUAUUUUCGUAAAUAUAUCAGUUGGUAGCUAUUUUAAAUGUACGACUUUAGCACUGUAAUAUAACAAAGUGUCAUAAUACACUUACUAUUUUUUA